UUUCUUUAUUAAUUGUUUCAUUUACUUCUUCUUUGCCGAUUUUGUUAUCUUAUAUGCUGGCUUACUGAACCAUAUUCUUUUAUAUAUUUAGACAUUUAGUUGGUCACUUAAUUACUUGCUUCUUAUUUCAAUUCAAUUUCAUACACAUCAUAUCAUUCCUCAUAUUCAUACCAUGAAGCUCGUUGACUCUCUGCUUCUCUUUGCUUUGCCUCUGGCUCUGCUCUUAACCACUGCUUUCUCAUCAGAUCCUGACUACCUUCAAGAUCUCUGUGUUGCCGACCCUGCCUCAGGUGUGCCAGUGAAUGGAUUCACUUGCAAAGAAGCAUCCAAGGUGAAUGCCUCUGAUUUCUUCUCCAACAUACUAGCCAAGCCAGGAGCCACCAACAACACCUUUGGUUCCUUGGUGACCGGAGCCAACGUUCAGAAAGUCCCAGGACUCAACACACUUGGAGUCUCUCUGGCAAGGAUUGAUUAUGCCCCAGAUGGCCUCAACCCGCCCCACACCCACCCACGCGCCACAGAGGUGGUGUUUGUGCUUGAAGGGGAACUAGAUGUUGGGUUCAUAACCACAGGCAAUGUGCUCAUAUCAAAGCACAUAGUCAAGGGUGAUAUAUUUGUGUUCCCAAAAGGCUUGCUUCACUUCCAAAAGAACAAUGGCAAGGUUCCUGCUGCGGUGCUUUCAGCCUUCAACAGCCAACUUCCGGGGACACAGUCAAUUGCAACCACCUUGUUUGCCUCAACGCCUACUGUGCCAGACAAUGUUUUGACCAAGACCUUCCAAGUUGGUACCAAGCAGAUUGAGAAAAUCAAGUCUAGGCUUGCACCCAAGAAGUAAAUUUACCAAGUUGGUUUGGUUUUCAUGUUUCUGCCAAUUGUUUUUUUUUCCCCUCCUUAUAAUAUUUGUCAUUCUGGAAUUCUUGUAAGGAUCUCAUAAGCAAAUUGGGCAAGUGCAUUUGUUUGUUAAUUAAAAUUUGAAAGGUGAUUGUAUUACUUGUUAAUCAAAUCAAUCACCAGUGGCUCUGUUGAAUUGUUA